AUGUCAAGUUUUCAUCGUAUUCGUCAAUCGUGGUGUCGAUCAUUAGGUUAUUUGGGUCUAUUCGGGGUCACAACUGUCGGCAUCAUGAAUGUCUCAUGUCGAUAUAAUGAUAAUGUUCAAGUCAAUGAUGCUUUUUCAAGUCAUACGUCUCAACAACAAAAAAAAUAUCUUUUCUCUGGAAUGCAUGAUCCAUUCGUUACUACUAAUUUACAUGAAUUAGAACGGUUUCAUAAGCAUUUUUCACAAUUCUCUUCUUUAUAUCAUGAGAAUUCUGACAUUUUGAAACAAAAGUUUUCCUUGAAGACUCCUGUUAAGAUUCGACCUAUUACAGAAUGUCCUGUUAAAUUUCAAUUAUCAUCCGGUAAUUCAAAAACAUUGAUUGUUGGUGGUCCGCCAGCAUUGAUCGCAGGUGUUUCUAUAGCGAAGACGGAAAAAGAUGUAACCUAUAUCAAUGAUGAACGACGAAUACCAAUCUCUUACGGUUCAGCUUGGCAUCUAGAACAAGAUGGAGAAACAGAAGCCCCAACUAGUUAUCGUCCUACACAAUUUCUAUUCGAACAACUCGCUCGUGUAACAUUUCGGUGCGUGAGGUAUACAUCGAUUCAACAAACUGGCUACUUUCCAUGGAGAACAUUAGAUUGGAUCAGUUGGCUGCAACACCCUAAUCAUUGGUUUACUGGACUUAAAAUAUCAUUAGCUUUUCAAUGGGUGACUAUGUUCGGAGAUCGAGUAGCAAUGUUAAAAAGCGUCGCUGCACAAUGUGUUGCAAAUGAGAUUUUUUUCGAACGAUUAAAUCAGGAACUAGGUGGUCAACUUUUGAUGCGUGACAAAGGAUCGAUUAUUGUCGCUCGAAAUAACGAAGAAAUUUUACAGCUAGAAUCGUUGAAGACAGCUUUAGAAAAAGAAGGAAGAAUUUUGAAAAUUCUAUCUAAAGAAGAAAUGCUUCGUCGUUAUGGUUUUCUUCCCAAGGGUCUCAUGUAUGGUGAAAAACUGCAUGAUAGAGUUUUAUUCUCAAAUUUUACUAAAAUACUCAAUAAUUCUAUUCGAAACCAAGGAGGCCAAGUUAUUGAUGGAACAUUGACUACGAUCUAUGUUGACGAUCAGCAAACAGGUGGCAUCGCUGAAUAUAAAACGGCUGAUGGUCAAAUAAAUCAUCUACCCUUUUCCAAAUUAAUUGUAUCACUGGGCAAUCAGCCGAUUAUCAACAAAAAUAAUAAACCUUUGUUUGAUGUUAUUGCUGCUCGAGGAGUAUCAGUACUUGCUCAUGUCUAUGUACCCACAGAAUAUCAACUUCCGCCUGUUUUGGUUUGUGGAGGGACGAAUCAUGCCACUAAAUUAUCCGAAAAUCCUGUGAAAGUGAAAAUGUCUCAUGAGAAAGAAUAUGACUUAUAUUUGAUGCGAUUUACUGCCGGUGCCUGUAUUACACCGAAUGUUUCUGAUGAAAAUGCUGCCAACUACGAUGGAACAAUUGCGUCAGGUCUAGUUGCAGCUGUACGAAACACAUUGGGUGAGUCUUGUCAAAUUGAACCACUUAUUGUUCAUGGUUGCAAUCGACAAGUCAGUCGUCAUGGACAGAUUUCUUGGAUUGAACCGUAUCCUGGUAUUCAUGUGCAAUAUGGAGCGGCUGGUGGUGGUCUUACACGAGCACCCGAUUUUGUAACACGGCCAUCUUCGUAG